GAGCGACCUGGUGCUGAGUCACAUAGUGGUUGACCAGAGGGAUCUUUAAUGUCCCUACUGUGGUUCACGGUAGCUUCCCUUCUGGUGUGAGCUUUUCUCACAUGAGGAGAUUCCAGUGGAGGUCCAGUCAUUUGAUCUAGUUCCAAGCUGGAUCUGGCUCCUAACUGAGGGUCCAAGCUCUGCAGGAAUUCCUGAUCCACAACUCCCCAGUUGACAUUCUUCAUGCUUUGUUUCUGGGAUUCAAUACCAACCAGGUUUAAAGGUCCACAGUCAGAGUCAUGUCCAAAUGGCGCUGCCACGAAUGACCUUGCCGAUUUGCGUUUGCGUGCGAUUAUUUUGUCGAGCAGCAGGUGUCUCCACCCCUCAGCGUGCCACCAGGUGUCAUAAUGAAGCAGCCGGAGAGCGGAGAACAGGUUGAGUGGCCGCGCUAAGAGCUCCUGUCCUCUCAGUCAUGAGGACGGUAGCUUGGCUCCUCGGCACGGUGGUCUGCGCUCUGACCGCUGGACGGCCGGUGCAGGUGUCUACGUGGCCGGAGGAAUACGUUUCCACUGAAGCAAACAAUAACGUGAUCGGGACCCCUUCUUUCUAUCGCCUUCCGGUCUACCAGCACGCAGAUCGUCCGCUUGUUCCCCAUCAGAUGCUCCAGCCGCUUCCCCUGAGCGGUCCGGCUGUGUUUCAGUCCACAGUGGUUCCGGAGUUCUUUCGACCGCAGCCUGAACUACCAUCGGCCUUCUACCAGCCUCUACGCAGAUCGCUCCCCCAUGAACUCUAUGCGCUGCUGUUCCCGUCCAGCCUCCCGCCCCUGGCUGUGCCCGAGAGACGGGACCGCGCUGUGGAGGUUUGGUGCGGAACUGAUCGGGUGACUGUCCGCGUGGACCGUCUCCAGGCGAACGCUUGGAGCGCCACAGUGUUCAGGGUGGGCUCGUGCCAGGCUGACCUCGUCAGCUCGCGCUUCCUCUUCUUCUACUUCAGACCAGCCGACUGCGGAGGACGAUCUCAGGUGGUUGGCGGUCAGUUGGUGUACACACACAUCCUGUCGUCCACACCGCCACUGUCCCCAGAGGGCCCGCUCAUCAGAGCUGUGGCCCUCCACCUCCCCAUCCACUGCUACUACAACAGGUUCCAUUACUCCUACCAGGUGGGCUAUAGACCAAUGGUUCAGCAUGCUACCUUCCUAAGGAGUAUGAAGAGUAAACUCCGCUUCAGCCUGGUUGUCAGCAACGCUCAGUGGGAACCUCUACCUCCGGGCCACUGGUUUCACUUGGGAGAGCCGGUGUUUUUCGUGGCAGAGGCCAAGACGCUCUUACCAGGGGAGCGGCUCUAUGUGGACUCGUGCUUUAUCACGAGCGCCAAGGACCCAAACCUGGGUCUAAAAGUGGACAUCAUAACCAACUACGGCUGCAUGACUGACAGCCGUAGGGAAGGGAGCAGGUCCUGGAUCUGGUCAGGAGGGGGCAGUGUUGUGAAGUUCUCCGUGGACACCUUCCUGUUCAGCCCCGUCUCCCAAGUGCUGUUCCUUCACUGUUUCAUGUCAGUAGAUGUGAGCACCUCUCAGAAAUCCAAGUUCUGCAACUACAACUUGUCCAGUGGCAGGUGGGAGGAGCUACAUACAUCUACCUCAGUGUGUGCCUGUUGUGACUUCAAAUGUGCUGACUCAGAGAAAACUCUGACGAACAUGGUCAGCAGUCAUGGCUGGCGCACUGGACUAAAGUCCUCUCAGGACGAGGGAGGGAUAGACUGGGAGGUGGAAGAGAGGACUGAAGGCAGACCCGAUUUGCACUCCAGUCUCCCAGGGAUUUCUGUCCAACAAGCUAAAGAAACUGACUUGAAGAACAGCAGGGGACCAAGUUGGGUGCCUGCUUCUGGAACAGAACCACAGGCUCAACUGCCUACGUCCACACAUCAAGUAGAAGUGGAGGUCCGGAAGGAGACAAGCCCUGGAACCAAUUCCUUACAAUUUGGCGGGACGCUGCACCCCAGACCAAAAUCCAUUCUUGGAGUUGAAGAGUCUUCGGGUAGUGGAAAUGUUUCAUCUGACUUAUUCACAUAUUCCGGUACCAACAGCUCAUCAGGCUUUGGCAGUGAUGGCUCUACUGCAGUCCUGAUCACCAAGACAUGUUCUGAUGACGAGGAAGCAGACUGCCAUCACAAGCCAAGGACAGAGAAGCACAAUGAAACUUCAGGUCAUUCAGUUCUCCAAGCUGGCAGCAAGUUUGGUUAUUUUGGCUCCUCUGAUGCUGAGAGUGCAGCUCCACCACACUCAUCUGCAGGAGGAACUUCUGUGAAUAACACCAUUAAAAGCAACAUAUCUGACCAGCAAAUGGAGCCUGAAAGGAUACUGGACCCUGACAUGGACGAGUACAUGCUGUUGAAGUCGGACGAAGGAGGCAGUGGUGAGUCUGAGUGGCCAAGAGAGAUGAACAUGCUACCUGGUCAACAAACCAGAAGAUCAGAAUCUGGCCAGCCUGAUCACCAUGGAGAGUUCAAAGACCUCAGUUGUGCAGUCGGGUCCAACUGUGACUCUAGAACCAAAAAAGCAGGACCCCUCAGUCGUGGUCAGCACAGCAGAGCAGUGAAGAUGAAUGAACAAGAUCCUGUCGCCACCAAGAUCCUUCAAGAGCAUGUCAGCCAUUCUUCUGUAGUGGUAACUACGCUGCCUAACUCCAGCUUCACGGGCAGAUGGGUCCGGUUCAGAGGUUUGUGAAGGGGGGGAUCACAACUGAGGAGGCCUCUACUUCAGUUUAAUCCACACCAUCCAUUCAUGUCAGCAAAUACAAGGGGCAACACUCAACACUCCAGGUAAAUCCAGGCUGUGUGAGCUAAAUGCUUCUACUGCUUUUUCUACUGUAUGUGGAGCUGACAACAGGUGAACUGUAACAGCGUAGCAGCUGUGUGAGGAGUUUCUACAUCCAUUUAUUCGACCUCAGAUCCUUGGGCUUCCCUGCCAACACAGGAUUUCAUGGAAUAAAAGGGUUUAUAGUUCAUAAAAGAAUAAUCUUUGUCUGGUUCUAUCUUUUAGAUAACAAAUAUACGUUGUUUGCAGUUUGUGUCCUUGGGCAGCUCCUAGAUAAGACUCACCCCCCUCCACCACCCAAUUUUCCGCAAUGGAAACUCCUGAUUCAGGUUACUGGUCAUUUUCUGUCGCACAACAUCACACUUAAGGAAAAAACACGACAAAUAUUGACCAACAGAAUUUGUGCAAAAGCAUUUA